CUUUACUAUAGCACUGAGAGGCCCAGAGCACAUCUGAGAUGCUUCUCUUGGUAUUUCUUCUGGGAGUUCUCCCCAUUCUUGCUCAAGAUUGGAGUUUCCCAGUGAUCAAAGUGAAUUCUAAAGCUUUGACCAGUUCUGACGUGGUUAUGGAUUCUGACUCUCCCCUGCUUCUAAGCUGUGAGGGCGAUGGACCUGUUACAUGGAUUCCCAGACUGGCUAAGCACAAACGGUUCAUCUCAAAGAAUAAAGGACUUUACUGCAAUUUCAAAGUGGAGAAAGCUACUGCGGAAUUUACAGGCACAUACAAGUGUGUGUAUACAGCGAAAAAUUACACAGACUUGUUCUCCACGGUUCAUGUCUUUGUAAGAGAUCCAAACAUUCUCUUUGUGACUCCGAGUGCCUCUCUCAGAGUGGUGCGGAAAGAGGGUGAUGACUACCUGCUUCCGUGUCUCCUGACCAACCCUGAAGCCAAAGACAUUCUGCUCCACAUGGACAAUGGAACAGCUUUGCCUCCAGGAAUGAACAUAAGCAUCGAUCCUAGGAGGGGUAUCCUGAUCCGAAACCUACACCCCAGCUAUAAUGCCGACUACGUUUGCAGUGCCAAGCUCGGAGGAGUUGAAAAAGUUUCCAGAACCUUCUCAAUCAACGUUGUACAAAAGCUGAGGUUUCCACCAUACGUCUUCCUACCAAGAGAUGAGUAUGUGCGUUUAGACGGAGAGGAGUUGCGGAUUAGCUGUACAACAAACAACCCCAACUUUUACUAUAACGUCACAUGGAAACACUCCUCAAGAGACCUACCACAGCCAUUCGAGAAGGCUGAACACGAUUCUAAAAGUGAUGGCUUCGCAAUUGAGAGUAUUCUAACCAUCCCUGCAGUGAAGAUGUCCGACACGGGAAAUAUCACUUGUACAGGCACUAAUGAGGCUGGGGUCAACAGCUCAACCACACGCCUGGUAGUUGUGGAUAAACCUUACAUCAGACUGGCCCCCAAACUCUCACCAAAAUUGGCCAGGCAGGGACUGUCUGUGGAAGUGAAUGAAGGGGAUGACCUGGAACUGGGGGUCAUGAUUGAAGCCUAUCCAGAGAUAACAUCUCAGCGGUGGGAAACUCCAAUCUCCAACAAGACUUCAGCUCCAGAGCAGAGGUUCUACCAUUACAAUUACAGGUAUGAGGCGUCACUCCAUCUUAAAAGGCUCAUAUCUCGAGAACAGGGCGAGUACACGUUUUACGCCAGCAACUCAAUGACUGAGGCCUCCAUAACCUUUCAAGUUCAGAUGUACCAGAAGCCCAUUGCUGUGGUAAGGUGGGAAAACGUGUCCACUCUGACCUGUACGUCUUUUGGUUAUCCUGCUCCCCACAUUGUUUGGUACCAGUGCUCAGGAAUCAGACCCACAUGUACUGAAAAUUCCACAGGGCUGCAAACUCCUCAUCCAAUCCCAGCACAAACCGUGGAAGUACAAAGGGAGGAGUUUGGAACGGUUGAGGUGGAGAGUGUGUUAACCGUUGGUCCAUCUAAUCAGAGGAUUACCGUGGAAUGUGUGGCUUUCAACCUCGCCGGCAAAGGGAGUGCCACCUUUUCCAUGGAAGUUAACGAUAAACUGUUCACUACCACUCUGGCUGGAGCCAUAGGCAUGAUGGCAUUCCUGCUCCUGCUGCUAAUGUUCCUGUUGUACAAGUAUAAGCAGAAACCAAGGUACGAGAUCCGCUGGAAGAUCAUAGAGGCCACGGAUGGAAAUAGCUACACAUUCAUCGAUCCCACUCAGCUUCCAUACAACGAGAAAUUGGAAUUCCCCAGGGAUAAACUGAAGCUUGGGAAGGUCCUUGGUGCAGGGGCUUUUGGAAAAGUGGUCGAGGCCACGGCGUACGGGCUGGGGAAGGAGGACAACGUGACACGCGUGGCUGUGAAGAUGCUUAAAGCCAGUGCCCACUCUGACGAAAAGGAAGCUCUGAUGUCAGAGCUGAAGAUCCUCUCUCAUCUCGGCCAUCACAAGAACAUCGUCAACCUGCUGGGUGCUUGCACACAUGGGGGGCCUGUUUUGGUGAUCACUGAGUACUGUUGCCAUGGGGAUCUUUUGAAUUUCCUACGGUGUAAGGCAGAAACCUUCCUGAACUGUGUCAUGACCAUUCCAGAUUUCAUGCAGGAAACCACUGACUACAAGAAUAUUUCUGCUGAUAAGACAUUCAUCAGAAGUGACAGUGGCAUCUCUAGCACCUGCUCUGAUAGCUACCUGGAGAUGAGACCAGCAGCAGCAGCUCAACCUACCGUCUUAAGAAGCUCUUCCUGUGAGGAACAGCAGGAGGACUCAUGGCCUCUGGACAUAGAUGAUUUGCUCAGGUUUGCUUAUCAGGUGGCUCAGGGCUUGGAUUUUCUUGCUGCUAAAAAUUGCAUCCAUAGAGAUGUGGCUGCGAGGAAUGUGCUCCUGACUGAUGGGCGUGUGGCUAAAAUAUGUGAUUUUGGCCUAGCACGUGACAUCAUGAAUGACUCCAACUAUGUGGUCAAGGGCAAUGCACGUCUCCCUGUGAAGUGGAUGGCCCCAGAGAGUAUCUUUGAGUGUGUUUACACUGUACAGAGUGAUGUGUGGUCUUAUGGCAUUCUGCUCUGGGAGAUCUUUUCUCUGGGAAAGAGCCCCUAUCCCAAUAUGCUGGUGGACUCCAAGUUCUACAAGAUGAUUAAAUGUGGCUACCAAAUGUCUCGUCCAGAUUUUGCCUCACCCGAGAUGUAUGACGUCAUGAAAAUGUGCUGGAGCCUUGAACCAACUCAGAGACCGACCUUCAGCAAGAUCAUGAAGUACAUCGAGAGGCUACUUGGGGAACAAAAUGAGCAGCAGGUCGAGUAUAAGAACCUGCAGCAAGACGUAUUGGACGAGGAGCCUGAACCAUUUGAACCCUCCAAGUACAGCGACGAGUCGUGUGAUCAGUCAUGUGAACAAGAAGAAGAGGAACAACCAUUGAUGAAGACCAACAACUAUCAGUUUUGCUGAGGCCUUCGGCUCGAUGUUGCAACCAACUCAGUUAUUCCAAGAUUCAUAUUAGAAAAUUGAGAAAAUAUCUCGUCCAUGACUAUAACCCAUACCUCCUUAAACAAAUGCUCUUAAUCAUCAGCUACAGAGAUGAGCCUUGAAGCUGCCCUAGUAGUAUGGAAUAGUUCUCUGUUUUGGCAUCUCAUCUGAAAAACAAGUUGAAAAGGUUAAGGUUUUUAACGGCAUGUGACCAUUAUAGUAUCUGACUUUUUGUGGUGGUGUUUUUAAAAAGCCAAACCUUUCAG